GGUCGGUAGUGUGUGAUACGAUUAACGAUAAGUGAUGUGACAGUCGGUGAAUAAGUACAGUUUCGAGAACAGUAAUCUUUGACAUUCCGGGCGUUUGGUCGUUGAGUCAUUAGUUUAUAUAUCGUCUUGAUUUAUUAUAUUUUACAAUACAUUUUAACGAUUUCAAUUCAGUUCUGGUCAACCUGCUACAAAUAUAGUAAAUACUACCUUGGUUGAAAUUAGGUUGAUACUUUGGGCAGUUAUACUCACAGUUAAGUUUUAGAGGAUAGCGGUGUUUUAAACAAAUUUGUUCUUAUAAAUUAAAUUUGUUUCUCUGCGCAACGACAGUAUAGGCACUCCAGCUACAGUCUUAAGUAUUCUUGAGAGAUAUGGCUGCUGUGGAAGUUGAAAGACCAAGGACCGAGAACAACAUCAGGACAUUGCCUCUGUCCGGCCACGUGGGGUUUGACAACUUGCCAGAUCAGCUAGUCAACAAGAGCGUACAGAAUGGCUUCAUAUUCAACAUCCUCUGUAUUGGUGAGACAGGUCUGGGUAAGUCCACGCUGAUGGACUCUUUGUUCAACACCAACUUUGAUGCCACCCCUAGCCCACACACUCUGCCUAAUGUCAAGCUGAAGGCCCACACCUAUGAACUGCAGGAGAGCAACGUUCGACUCAAGCUUACAAUCGUGGACACAGUAGGCUACGGAGAUCAGAUCAACAAACAGGACAGUUUCAAGUCUGUAGUAGAGUAUAUAGACACCCAGUUCGAGGCUUAUCUGCAGGAGGAACUCAAGAUCAAACGUUCACUCAACACUUACCACGACACUCGAAUCCACGUCUGUCUCUACUUCAUCUGCCCUACAGGACACGGGCUUAAAUCAAUUGAUUUGGUUUGUAUGAAGAAGUUGGACACCAAAGUGAACAUCAUUCCCAUCAUAGCAAAGGCAGACACCAUUUCCAAAACUGAACUGUCUAAAUUCAAGUCAAAAAUAAUCUCCGAGUUGAACGCCAAUGGAGUGGAGAUCUACCAAUUCCCCACAGACGAUGAGUCGGUCUCAGAAGCCAACAGCACCAUGAACUCUCAUGCCCCAUUCGCUGUUGUUGGCAGCACUGAUUUUGUGCGAGUCAGCAACAAGAUGGUGCGAGCCCGACAAUACCCUUGGGGCACAGUUCAAGUGGAGAAUGAAUCUCAUUGUGAUUUUGUAAAGCUGCGAGAGAUGUUGAUCCGUACCAACAUGGAAGACAUGAGGGAGAAAACCCACAUCAAGCAUUACGAGCUCUACAGAAAGAAGAGGCUGGAGCAGAUGGGUUUCACUGAUGUGGAUGCAGAGAAUAAACCAAUUAGCUUCCAGCAAACAUUUGAAGCUAAGCGAAACAAUCACAAGCAAGAGCUUCAGCAAAAGGAAGACGAAAUGCGACAAAUGUUCGUUAUUAGGGUGAAGGAAAAAGAAGCAGAGCUGAAAGAAGCAGAAAAAGAGCUCCAUGCCAAGUUUGAUCGGCUGAAGAAGGAACACGCAGAGGACAAGAAGAAAUACGAAGAAGGCCGGUCCAAGCUGGAGGACACAAUUGUGGAAUUCAACCGCCGCAAAUCGCAGAUCGCCCAACUUGGCAGCAGCCACCACACGCUCACACUGGGCAAGAGCAAGAAGAAGUGAGCUUCCUCGAGCCACCGCUAGCGAGGACAGCAGACUUGAUGUGGCAUACGACAUUCCCGGGCUCAUGUAACGUCCAAGUAAGAAAGCAAAACUUGACUUUGACACUCUAAAUUUUGUUCUUGAAAAAAAUAAUGUUAUGAAUUUUUGGUUUAAAAAUUAUUUUAACCUCUCAAGCAAGGAUCAUAAAGAGACUCUAGGUUUAUAAGAUUUUUAAGUAGAGCUUCUCUAACUAGCACACAAUCCGAAUUACCCAGUGAAAAAUGUAACUGACGGUUGGUUUGAUUGUCUCCUCUAUUUCAAGACUGUCCCAGUAAAGAAAUCCUUGAUCUUUUCCUCCAUGACUGCCACUUGGUGUGUUCAUCUAUUUUCAUUUCACUGAAUUCCAUCUUCUAUUAGCAUAUCCAUUCAAAGCAUAUUAGUAGCAUUAAAACAAUAGUUUAAUUUUAGGUAAGGACAAAAUAUUUCCAUGUACAUGCAUUUUCGUGUAGGCUUAGAUCCAAUGUGAUUUAAGAGUUAUUAAGAUUUUUUACAACCCGUAGCUGCUACUCAAUGUCCUGUUGCCAUCGUAGAGCGUAUCUUUCUGGUCUAUAAUAUUGUGUUUAUUCCAAUGUAGGAUGAAAAAGGUGGGAUGAAUAUAUAGGAUUAUUAUUAUUAUGGUUUAGUUGUGUAAGUUAUAUUUAUUUAUUACACACAUUAUUGUGCACAAUAUUGUAAUUAUUUUAAAAGAGGUACUAUAUUUCAUUUUGUUUAAGCACUGUAAUAGACACUAGUAAGCUAUUGUUACUCAUUUAAUUGCAUAAUCAAGUCAGAAGUACUAGUAAAAUGUCAUAUGCUAUGCAAAAUGUAUAAUUUAAUACAAACACUUAUUUGUAGCAUGCUUAUCAUUAUAGUAAGUAAUGUAACAAGAAAAAUGUGAAAUCUCUCUCUCUCUCUUUCUCUCUCUUCUAGAAUAAAUUGAAAUCAUAUUUUGGUAUUUGUUAAUUCACAGAAGAACUGUAUGUCUUGAUUGUGAAUUACAAAAUGAGUAAAGUACCACUUUCCAUAUAUUGAUUAAUUUAGGUAUGAUUGCAAAUAAUCUCAAAUCCAUCUGAAGCAUUUUAAAUCAAAUUAUAUAUUUCUGUUAUUUGAUAAUUUUUAUCAUUUUAAAAUAUACUUUAUUUAAGUAACAAGUGGUAUCUGUAAGACAUUACUAGGUCAUUCUAUAUUUCAUGAUCGCUGUCUAGGAGUUUCACUUUACCAGAAACUCUUAAACUGUCUUCCAAGCAAUAAUUUUUUUACAUUUCACGUACAAUAAUUUUGGUAAAUAUCCUCCCACCUUUGCUCAUGCAAAUUUUUAUAAAUUAGUAUUAUCCUAUUAAAUUAUUAAUUUAUAUAUUUCUAAGAGUAUUUAUUUGUUUUUACCUGUAAGACAGUUUGUAAUAAAUUAUAUUUAUCAAUUGA